AUGCGCUAUGAUCCUGUCGGCCAUUCCCGUAAUUUAACCGUUACCACCUGCACUGAUGGCACCACAGAGCAUACACAAGAUGACGGGCUGGGCAUAAACAUUUGUUGCAGCGGCAAAAGUAAACACUGUUUUGUAUUGUAUCAGCGCUGUGUCAGAUAGGAAACAACGAUGGCAAGAGCUUUAACUACCCAGUUGUACCUCUAUCAGAGAGAAAUUCAGGCGGGGGGUCCGGUCAGCCUCGAACACUUUGACUUGGAGGGACAGCAAGAAAACAGCGGGAAUCAAGACGAAGAGGAAGAUGGAAUAUUAGAGUUCCACGAGUGA